UAAUAAGCUUGCUAUGGAGAAUCAAAGGAGUGUUAUUACCUUGAUCCUUUUUCUGAUCCUUACUAAAAGCGUAAGUUCAACUGAAUUUGAUAGCAGUGAAUAUGAAGAAGGGGAAAGCCAUUCCAUAUCCUUCCAAAGCUCUAGGAGCGAAAUGGGAGAUGUCGAAGAAGGUGAAUGGGAGAUGGUGCAAACCAAGGGAAACCAAUUUGUGGUGAGGGACCAACCUUUCUAUGUGAAUGGAUUCAACACAUACUGGCUGAUGGUAUUUGCUGCGGACGAGUCCACCAGAGGAAAGGUCAGUGAGGUGUUCAAGCAUGCAUCCUCAGUAGGCAUGACAGUUUGCAGGACUUGGGCCUUCAACGACGGUCAAUGGCGAGCCCUUCAGAAAUCUCCAUCAGUUUAUGACGAACGCGUCUUCAAGGCACUAGAUUUUGUGGUGAGUGAAGCAAAGAAAUACAGAAUAAGGCUCAUACUGUCAUUGGUAAACAACUGGGAGGCUUAUGGCGGCAAAGCGCAGUAUGUCAAAUGGGGAACUGCUGCCGGCCUCAACUUGACCUCCGAUGACGACUUCUUCUCACAUCCAACUCUCAGAAACUACUACAAGAACCAUGUUAAGACGGUGCUCAACAGAGUAAAUACAUACACAAACAUCACCUACAAGGAAGACCCUACAAUUUUCGCUUGGGAACUCAUGAAUGAGCCUCGAUGUAUCUUGGAUUCCUCAGGUGAUACAUUACAGGAAUGGAUAAAAGAAAUGGCAUUCUAUGUGAAGAGCAUUGAUACGAAGCACCUAGUGGAGAUUGGUCUUGAAGGAUUUUACGGACCCUCGACACCUCAAAGAUUUCAGUUCAACCCAAACGUAUUUGCUCAACAGGUUGGAACUGAUUUUAUCAGGAACCACCAGGUUCUCGGUGUAGACUUUGCUUCUGUUCACAUCUAUCCAGACUCUUGGAUUUCACAAUCAAUUGCUGACACCCAUCUCCCAUUCAUAAAGUCUUGGAUGGAAGCCCACAUCGAGGAUGCUGAAAAGUACCUUGGAAUGCCCGUUGUUUUUGCCGAGUUUGGUGUAUCUUCAAAAGAUCCUGGUUAUAAUUCAUCAUACAGAGACAACCUCAUAAACACAGUGUACAAGACCAUCCUUAACUCCACAAAGAACGGAGGUAGCGGGGCUGGAAGCCUUUUGUGGCAACUCUUUCCUGAUGGAACAGACUACAUGGAUGAUGGAUAUUCAAUUGUUCUCUCAAAAUCUCCUUCCACCUCAAGCAUCAUAUCCCUUCAAUCCACAAGGCUUGCUCUGUUCAACUCCUUGUGUUCUAAGAGAUGUCACUGGAGUUGUAAGAAGAAAAGCAUGUUCCAAAAAGUACUAUAUCAUGAUGAGCUCUAA